GGGGUUUAGUCUUUUUUCCUUUUAUAUCUGAGGGUUUAUUAACAACUGAAUUAAGAUCGUUGCAUUAUCAACCAUUUUGAUCGAGAAAAAGAGCAUCAGAUAGAGGAAGCUUCUCUGGUUCAACUUCGUUCCUCAAGUGUACUUGUUGGCGUCAAAACAAGUCUUAUAUCUAGUUUUUGGAGCUAAUUGGAAAUCCAAGCAAAAUACCAUUCAAUGUUAACUUUCAAUACUCUUUCUACAAUGGUCAAUUUACCUAAAAUCUCGUCCCCAAAUAUCUCUGAGCAGCUUCAGGUUUUUGUUUCUGGGAAUAGCACCGAAAGCCUGAAUGUGUUUGAUCCAUCUAAUCAACAGCAUCGCCAGUCUGCUGCCCAUGAUUCUCAAAGCACUGGCUCAAACACCAAUUCCUCUUCCACAAACAAUAUCAACAACGCUCUUUCAGAGACCCAUCUUCACUCCCAACCGCAGAGUCUUCUCCCAAAGUCGAGCGAAGGUUUGGACUUGAAGGACAAACAAUCAAAAAUUAAAAAUCAGGAGCCUCAAAAAGAAAUCCUCAAAAACAAUGAUGACCAAGAUAACCCUAUACCUCUCAACAAUAACUCACUAACUAUUCGUGAUUUGAAUUCAAUUCAGAAUGAUUUGAUAAACCACAGGCAUCACUUAAAUAAUCCCAACCUCGAUGCUCAAAAUGAGGAUGAAAAUGGGGAUGAAAAUGAGAACGAGAAUGAUCUUUUCAACAGCAGUGUCAAGAAUAAUGUCAAUUCCAGCAACAAUAACACAGACAAUGACAAUCAUAAAAUUAUUGAAACUGAAAAACAAAAUCUUGAUAACACCUCCAACGACAGUGUUAGCAGCAUUUCCAUUGAUAAUAACAAAAAUAGCACCAGCCAUAAUAAUAAGAACAAUAAUACUAAUAACAAUAAUAGCAAUGGCUACAACUCAUCUUUUCGGCAGCAAGAUAAUCUUGUUAAUCACAAUAGUUCUCAUUUGCAUGAUAUAAACCAUUUAAAUACAAUCAAGCAUAUGAAUCAAAUGAGUUAUAUGAAUAACAUGAAUAGUAUCAGUAAUAUAAGUAAUCUAAACAGCAUCAACAAUAUAAGUAACAUCAAUAUUAAUGGCAUCAAUAGUAUCAACAAUCUCAACAGCAUCAACCAUAUGAGCAAUAUAAGUAACAUAAACACAAUUGAUAAUAUAAAUACAAUAACCUCUAUCAACAAUCUUAAUAAUUUGGAAAAUAUUAAUAACAUUAGCAACAUCAACAUACCCGAAAUAAAUACCAUAAGUAUAAGAACCAUUAAUGACUUAGAAUUUAACAACAAUAAGUCUAAUGAAAACACUGAUCCAAGUUUAUUAAAUUCAUAUCCAAACUCAAAUACUUCUGAGCAAAUCCAAGAUUCAAAUUUAAAUCCAAAAUUUACAUCCCUAAAAUCAUAUCAUAGGUCAAUUCACAAUAUAAGAUCUAUUAAAAAUGUUCUUGAUACUACAAAAGGUCAUUCUAUAAAUAUGAACAAUCAAAAUAGCAACAGCAACCCUAAUAAUUCCAAUAAUACAAGCUCUAAUAAUACAAACUCUAAUAAUACCAACUCGAAUAAUAAUAAUAAUAAUAAUAAUAAUAAUAAUAAUAAUAAUAAUAAUAAUAAUAAUAAUAAUAAUAAUAAUAAUAACACUAGUACUGCUCUUGUUCGUAUUAGUGGUAACUCCACUACUAAUAAUCAUAAUCACAGUAAUGGCCACAACCAAAAUAACAACAGUAAUAGUAAUAAUCAUAAUCAUAACAAUCAGAAUCAGAAUCAGAACCACAAUCUUUCUCUUGCUCUCACCCAUACUCAUAGCAAUAUUUUAAAUAACAAUAUUAAUAGUAAAAAUAAUAAUUCAGUUGCUAUUAGAAUUAAUAAUAAUGAAAAUACCAAUAAUAGUAGCAACAUUGAUAGUAAACUUAACAACAGCAUUGUAACGAAUAAUUCGGAUUUUGAUGUUUUAUUAUCUAGUUUACCCGAUCUAUAUAAAUUCACUUUAACAAAUGAGGAAAAUAUUGAUUUAUCUAUUUUAAAUAUUGAUGCAAGAGCUAAAUGGCCCAAGAAGUUAAAUGUGUUAUUUGUUCAUUUUUUAUAUCAAUUUGUUAGAUACGAAGAAUUUAGAACCACUGUUUCAUUCAGAAGAUCUGUUUUUAAGGAGAUAUCUAAUAAAAUUUCUAAAACCUAUCCUCAGCUAGAGAUCAAAGUAUCACCAACUCAAUUAAAAGAUAAAGUAAAAUAUUUGAUGGAAAUUGCACACAUUUGGAAAGAUUUAAAUGAAAAUUAUUUAUGGGUUAAAAAUGAAGGAAAGUUUUUAAUGGGGGAUGAAGAUAUUAUUUAUUUUGUUGAAGAAUCAAGAGCAAUUAAAAAUAAAAACAACGUAACAGUUGCAAAAGUUAAAAAUUUAUGCGAGCCUGGAAACCAAUACAUUGAAUUGUAUGUUCUAGGGAUAUUAAAUACAUUUUUAAAUGAUAUGAAACUCAAUUCACCUGAUAUGAGCACUGUAAGUAUUGUUGCAGCUGCAACAGUUGCCUCAAAUCCAGAUAGUAUUGAUGGUGAUAAUAAAAGUGUUGAAAACUCAAUUGAUAAUAAUAAAGGUGAUGAAAACAUUGUUUUUUGUAAUAAUGGCAAUAUUGAUUCUGGUCAAGGCGAUAAUUAUACGAAUAAAGGUAAUAGUAACAGUGGUGUUGAAAGCAAUGGUAGUAGCAGUAAAGGUGGUGACGAUAUGACUGAUAAUAAUGAUAAUAGUACAAAUAGUAAUAGCAACAAUGAUAUUCUUUCGUCGAAUGAAAAUUUUUCGUUAAAAACCGUCAAUUUGACAGUAUCUAACAACAAAAGGACAGGGGAUUUGAUUCCUAUAUCUUCUUUAACAAACUCACCAUUAAAUAAUGAGAAUGAUGGUAUUAUAUUUGAUGGAAAUUCUAAUAACGGCAAUAAUGGUAAUAAAAGCUUUAAAAGAAAGGCAUCAAUUGAUACCAAUUUUGAUUUAAUUUCAUCAAUGAAAUUGAAAAAGAAAUUUAUGAGCAGGAAUAAAAAUCUGCCCCACUCAAGCACAAAAUUAUUAUUACAAAAUUCCAAUUCCAAUUCCAAUUCCAGUUCCAGUUCCAGUUCCAAUGCUAACACUGGUGUUAAUUCUACUACAAGUAUUAAUACUAAUGUCAAUUCUGAUUCAAAUCCAAACUCCAACUCCAACUCCAACUCCAACUCCAAUUCCAAUUCCAAUUCCAAUUCCAAUUCAAACUCCAACCCAAAUUUGAAAUCUAAUUCUAAUGCAGAAAUUGUUAAUGAAACAACAUUGAUAAGUGCUAAUAGGAGACUUCUUAGUUUAUUUUUCAAAAAGAAAGUGUCGCCCAACCAGCUAUUGACUUUGCAAAAAUUAAUGAAUGGUAAUAAAUUUGUUGUUAUAACUUUUGCAGAUGAAAUCACAUCUGAAGAGGAGUUGGAAGAAUUAGUUAAAGGGUAUCUUGAUACUCAAAAGAAUGAAAAUGAGUCAAUAGGGAAUAUAGAAAAUGAAAAUACAUCAUCUUAAAGUUUCAGGUGAUAUCAAUGUAGAACUUUAUUUAGUGAUAAGAAAGAAAUUAGAUAUUGGAAAUUAAAAAAAAAAUGU